ACACAUAUUACAAGUCUUAUUAUGACUUCAAUCGCCACUGCGAUAACGCCUCAAGGACAUCAAAACACAAGUUCCCAAGACAAUAUUAAACAGGAGUUUGUAGCAGUCAACAACAUGGCAUUUGGUGAAGACCACUGCAAAGCCGUAGAUCCUCCACUAGAAUUAUCUAUCACUACUUCUGUCAUCACCAUCCUUCUCACGAUCAUCACGCUACCAGGCAAUCUAUUUAUCUGUGUUGCUAUGGCAAAAGAUCCAAAUAAGAAUCUGAGGACCUCCUUUAACUAUUUAUUGUUAAACAUCGCUGUUUCYGAUCUCAUUAUUGGCACAGUCACCGAUCCUCUAGUCGUUUACUUCCAUAUAAGGGAAGGUCUUGGCUACAAAGUAUCUUCAUUUGUUGUACCUCACAUGUCAUUCUUCAUCGGUUGUACAGCCUCCCUCCUCAGUAUCGCCAUGUUAGCAAUAGAACGUUCUAUUGCAGCCAAUUCAAACUUCCAUCGUAGAUUAACGAAAAACCGAGUCACAAUAAUGUCCAUGGUCAUCUGGGUGUUCUCUGUAGCAUUCCCUUGCAUGUAUUUCAAAAUCGGCUACCUUAAAAUGAGCUUCGUUUUCUCAAUCUUGAUGCUAGUGGUGACGUCUGUGAUAGUGAUGACAUUCAUUCGUAUCUUUAGCAACAUUAGACGCAACAAGGUGGCGCCACAAACAAGCGAAGUUGACGACAGUACCGCGAAAAUGAGACUGAAGCGAACAGAAUGUGAAAGACGGGUAACAAGCAUAUUCAGAGCGAUUCUCAUUUUUUACACUAUUUGCAGCGUUCCCGCGUUGAUAUUCAUUUUCAUCGUCAACAUCUGCUCCACGUGUAGCUGUCAAUUAAUCCACUGGUCACGUGAUUUCAUUCAGUUAUGUGUGCUGAUCAAUUGCUGUGGCAAUCAGUUCCUUUAUGCGUGGAGAAUGAGAUGCUUCACGCGCGCUUUCAAAGCGCUGGUUAAGCAACGUGUUACAAAACAAGAAGGAUCGACAGCUUAUUUUUCUAACACUGCUGAACGGAGUUGAAGUGACAUUUCAUCUCGUAACUUAUCAUACUAUGGACUGGAUGGAUAGCCGCCAUCCGGCCUUUGAUGUCAGUUUUUAAAAAUAUGAAUGAAGAGUAAUGUAAAAUAUGAAGGGGAAGCUAUAUACUGGAAGCUAUAAUAACAAAUUAUAUAUAUAUCAUAUUGCUGGUUUUCAAUCAUUCCCAAGAGAGUAAAUAACAAAAGACAAGGCGGCCAUGUUGGAUGAUAGAACGAAAGCGACUAAUGACGCAUGUUUUGUUAAAUUCAUCCAACAUGGCGGCUGUGAAAACCAUCAAUAGCUACUUUGUUUGAAACUAUUCUGAACUCUGACAACCAUGGCAUAGAGAGACAUGAUAACUGUAAAAGCUUUGACGGGCAAAUUCAGAUCAUCGCCAGCAUUUUAACUAUGUGUUCACGAAAUAUGAUAACACAUAUUGUCGUCUGGGUAUAUAGUGGCUUUCAUAAACAUGAUAUUACUUUAAUUUUGUAAUGAAUGGAAAUAUU